AUAUAAGAAAAUUAGCUCGCAUGGUAUUAUAUUCGCACCAGGGAAUUUGAACGCACAUAUCCACUGAGUUAAUUAAAAUGAUUUUAAAUCUGAUAUUGUUAUUACUCGUUAGUAUUACGAGUGGUGUACAUGGUGAUGCAAGAAGUGCCAUAGCUAAUGUUAGAUCAGUAAAUAUAACCGGCGAUAUAAUAUUCACGGAAGUUGAUGGGGGACUCCAAGUCUCCGGUAUAAUAACACAUCUCGAGCCAGGCAAAUAUGGAUUCCAUGUGCACGAGUUGGGUAACAUAGCUACUUGUAUAGACACUGGAGCACACUACAACCCAGACGACACAAAUCACGGCGGAAGAAAUCAUACAGUGAGACACGUAGGUGAUCUAGGGAACAUUGUUGUUAAUGAUACAGGCAUUGCGGUCUUGGACUUUGUAGAUUCAGUAAUAGCGCUACGAGGUCGAAACAACAUCUUGGGACGAGCUGUAGUGAUUCACGAAGAAGAGGACGAUCUGGGUUUGGGCGGCGAUGAGGGAUCACUCAGUACUGGUAACGCGGGAGGACGUGCUGCUUGUGCCACCAUCGGUAUACUGUCACCAGCGGGCCCAUGGAAUGCAGCUACAACAGUUAUUCCGUCAUUAACGGUACUAUUUUUACUUGUUUUAUUAUGUAUCACACAAAUAUUCCAAACUAUUUAUUAAGUAAAUACAUUCGUUUGGAAUUAA